AUGGCCAUACGAGCUUCUGCUAAUUCGAAGUCGCAACCAAGCGCAGAUGAGACGACUCUCGCUGAGCUGGGAUACAAGCAAGAGUUUCGCAGGGAGUUCACUCCACUAGAGGUGUCUGGACUUGCGUUCAGUUAUAUAGGAGUGGUUCCUUCUAUAGUCUCCGUGCUCUUCUAUGCCGUACCAAAUGGUGGGCCUUUCGCCAUGGUUUGGGGUUGGGCGAUUGCUAGCCCUUUUAUCAUGUGCAUCGGGUUGGCGAUGGCAGAGCUCGCGUCGGCAGCACCUACUUCAGGUGGUCUAUACUAUUGGACUUACUCGCUUGCUUCCCCACGAUGUCGCAAUUUUCUAUCGUGGAUAGUUGGCUAUUCGAACACAAUAGAGACUAUCACGGGAGUCGCUUCCGUAAAUUGGGCUUGUGCGAUUCAAAUCACAGCAGCAAUCCGUAUUGCCUCCUCAGACCAGGAAUACGCAACUACCACCGGGCAGCUCUACGGUAUAUAUGCAGCUUUGGUUUUCUCACAUGCCAUUCUCGUGAGUUUCGGCACUAAAUUUUUGGCAAGGCUGCAGAGACUAUACACGUUUGUGAAUAUGAGCCUCUGCUUCAUAAUCAUUAUUGCCCUUCCGAUCGGAACGUCACCAGAAUACCGAAAUAGUGCAAGUUUUGCGCUAGGAGAUUUCACAAACCUGUCCGGCUGGCCAUCUGGAUUCGCGUUUAUCUUGAGCUUAAUGGCUCCUCUUUAUACAAUAGGGGGUUAUGAUGCUAGUGUCCAUAUGAGCGAGGAGGCCUCGAACGCCGCUACUGCGAUACCAUGGGCAAUCGUCAGUUCCAUCGCCCUGGCAGCCGUCCUUGGUUGGGGAAUCAACGUCUCCCUUGCCUUUUGCAUGGGCACUGAUGUCAGCGGCGUCUUGAAUGGCCCUAUAGGCCAGCCUAUGGCGCAGAUCUUAUUCAAUGCGCUCGGACAGAGAACUUCCUUGGGACUGUGGUGUCUCAUUAUUUCAGCGGAGUACAUGGUGGCAUCAAACUGCCUCUUGGUCGGCUCUCGCCAGACCUUCGCAUUCGCUCGUGAUGGAGCCCUCCCUUUUUCACGAUAUUUGUACCGGAUGAAUCGCUACACGGGAACACCCGUCAAUACAGUCUGGUUCGGCGCCGUCUGUGUUCUGGCGAUUGGACUUCUGGCAUUCGUGAGUAUCGAAGCCAUCAAUGCUGUAUUCUCAAUCGCUGUCACCGCAUCAUAUGUCGCUUACAUUACGCCCAUCACCACCCGCUUUGCGUUCAAGAAUGAUUUUAAACCCGGUCCAUUUACUCUCGGGAAACUGAGCUUACCAGUCGCUGUGAUUGCUGUGUCGUGGAUGGUCUUCAUGAUCACUGUUUUCUUCUUUCCUGCGACCCCGCAAACAACUCCGCAACAGAUGAAUUAUACAGUUGUGGUACUCGGAGGGACCAUGUUUCUGGCAAUUUCCUGGUAUUAUUGUCCGGUGUACGGAGGCGUGCAUUGGUUCAGUGGACCCAUCGCCAACAUUACACCGUCCAUCGGAGGUGAACAAAGAGACGGGGAUUCGAUGUCGGAGAAGAAGGAACAGCGUGAUGGAGAUCUAUCUGUUUCAGUGAUGGAUGUAUAAGUAGUGUUUGCAUAUCGUUGUGAAGUCGUCGGUAACAU